AUGCAGCGAGUGGAGAGAAACGUGAGAAAAGUUCUACUCUUCUUUACCUUGUUGAGUUUCUGUCAGGGUGCCAGCAGAGACUUGAAGAUUGCUUGUGUAGAAAGCUGCAAGAACAGUGUGGAGCUUAAUUCCAUAGACUUGCACUGGGGAUGUGAUGUUGAAAGAAAACUCUCUUUGUGCAUUGAAGUAUGCAGCUAUUGGAACUACACCGUAUUUCACAAAUGUUUCAAUCAAUGUGAUUCAUCAUUCAAUCAGACAUGUGAGGUACAGAUCUGUCAGUUUAGCUGUAAAAGGGCUAAGGAAUCUUAUGUGUUCCACAUAACAGAGUCACUGAAUGAUCCCCAUCCUCCUGUGGCAAGUGCAAUACAUAGCACAUCAAUUCUUGUAAAAUGGGAACGAGCAAACUCAUCAGCAGUAAGAUAUAUUCUUCAGUGGAGGUACAGAGAACUAGCUGGGCAAUGGAUUUACACUGAAGUUAUUGAAGAUGCAAUCUACAACAUCACAAAAUUGCAUCCAUAUACAGAGUAUGUCUUUCGAGUGAUGUGGAUAGUAACAGACAGACUGUAUAAAUACUCAUCUGAAAGUCGCUCUUACAGAACCAAACCAAAUGGCGUUCCAUCAUCAGCACCUAUAAUCAUUAAGAUUGAAAGUCCCAGUCCCACCUCAGUGGUUGUUGAAUGGAAACCACCCAUGUUUCUUAAUGGGCCAUUAAUUGGUUACCACAUUGAGCUCCAGAGUGGUACUGAACAUUUCCUCAGGGAUGCAACUAAGGAACAACUAUGUUUUUCUAUUUAUCCUACUAAGCCAGGCACCAAGUACAGGCUGUCCAUAGCUGCAAGGAAUACUGAAGGAAUUGGGCCUCUAGCCAGUAUGAAUGUGAACACAUUGCCUCAACCAGAACUAUCUGAAAGUCUGGUACUUUGGCUGUCGAAACAAAAUACCGUAUAUGAAAGUAAAGCUGGAGAUUUGGAAGAGAUAUUUUGUACCAGAACAGAUUGGAUUGGUAACAGCAUCACUGGAAUUUCUGGCGACGUACAUAAGAAAGAGUUGUAUAUUUCUGAGGGGCCGCACAUUUGGGCACUAGCAGUUGGCAGGUCUAACCAUUCUCGUCUGAUUUAUCGGAGUGACAAAUUUAUCAGUGAUCUCUCUGCAGACUGGCUCUACAGCAAGCUUUAUUUUGUUGCGGACAAACAGGUAUUACGAUGUGAUAUGAGAAACUGCUCCACCGAAGUUGUCAUUUCAUUAGCUGCUUCUCCAGUUAAAAUAGUAGCAGAUCCAUUCAGUGGAUAUUUGUUUAUUGGUUUCAUGGAUAGCCUAUACCGCAUGGCUUUACCGGGAAUGCAGUUGGAAGCUGAGAACAAAAGCAUGGAAACUAUAGUAGCAAAUACAUCACAUCUCACUUUCAGUUUGAACCCAUAUUUUAGAAAACUUAUUUACAUUAGUGGCAGAGGAGGUACGGUCCAUCAUAUAUUUUUGGAUGGGACAGAAAUGGGCAUGAACAGUCUACUGCCAUUUGAUACAGCCAGUAUUCAACAUGUAGUCUAUUCUUGUACAUUAUGGGUUUUAACGAAUGGAAAGCAGGUCUAUAUUGCAGAAGAAUACGAUAAGCAGUUGUACCCUACCGAGGUGAGUGCGGAGUCAUGCAACGUGAACGAUGGAAACUUUGACAACUUGUUUUUGUGGGACUUUUCUACUCAGCCUUUGCCAGUACCUCUUCACGAGCCCACCCACUUGCAAGUUGUCUUUGGAUCCAAUUCAGCAGCUUUAACCUGGAGAAAGCCUCAAACUGGGAAUGGGCUUGGACCUAAUGCAUGGCAGCAGUGGUCCUAUGACCUGAUAAUUGUAAAUGGUAACAUAAGCAACUAUAAAGAAGGAAUUGGUUCAACAAAUAUCACCUUGUAUGACUUGAGCAGUUCUACACUCUAUACUUUCAAGAUACGUGCAUCUUCUCCAGGUGGCAAAGGCCCCUGGUCUUCAAUAUUUCAAGGAACAACACUCAAAGAAGGUGCCAUUCCCUAUGUUCUAGCAGGAAAUGAAGUGGGGGUCUGGAAAGUUUUCUUGGAUGAAUUUACAAAUGAAAAUGUACUUCCAAGUGUGAAAAAUGCAAUAGAUUUAGACUGGCUGAAUAGUUCCCUCUACUGGACAAAUUCUACUGGUUUUGUUCAUGUUACAUCCUUAUUUGAUAGUGACAGUGAGACGGAUGUGAUACAAGGCUUGCAGAACGUUGGAGCAUUAGCUUUGGACUGGAUAAGUAAUACCCUGUACUGGGCUGACAGUGAGAAAAAUGAGAUAUUACGUAUGCCUUUGAAUUCAGAGGUAAUUACAAAGGUCAUGGAUGUUGCAGGAAAAAUUCAAGAUCUUCAGCUAGAUCCACUUCGGGGCUACAUGUACUGGACAACAGCACAGAGUGUGGAAUAUGCUCGGAUAAAUGGUGACCAUCCGAACCUGCUUGAGAAACUGCCUAAUUUCUCUGGUAAACAGAUUUCAGGACUGACUCUGAACUUUGACCUCGGAGCACUGUAUUGGCUUACACAGGAUAAUAUCAGGCUUGAAAUAAAUCAGGCGGACCUUAUCUGGAAAGGGAACAGAGGCAAAGUUAAAAAGAUUUUAUCUUCUGAUUCUUUGAAAACGUCUCAACAUGUGCUUCAAUACUACUUUGGCAAAUUGGUUUGGAUUAAUGAAGAGGGUGAUUUGCAAAUUGUUGAAAUGGGAAGAAAACAAACUGUUCACCUUUCUAGUGGCAUGCUCUUUAUAACAUUUACUGUUGUACAUCAGAAACCACUACCAGAUGGUUUCUCUGAUUGUCCAGCUGUAAUUCCUAAUCCAGUUCCAGCAUCUUCAUUUAAGAUACAAGGGAACUCCUCCUGGAUCUGUAUUAAAUGGGAAAGUGUAAGAAAUGUGAAUUAUGGCAUGCUGUAUUAUAGGUUUGAAUCACAAGCCCUUUUGAAAAUUGAGGACCUCAAUUCUCCUCACUAUUGUGUAAGUGGUCUUAAGCCUUUUAAGGAGUUUGAUGUCACAGUGAAACCAUACACUUACUGGGGAUCUGCAACAGAGACACAAGUCACUCUCUGCUCUCCUGAAGCUGCACCUUCUGCUCCUGAAAAUCCAAGGAUUUUUGUGAAUUUGAAGAAGGACAUUCUGCUAGGUGUAAUGAGCAUGGAUGUGGAAUUCAGGUGGAAUGUGCCUGCCCACACAAAUGGUGUUCUCAGGGGUUACACUGUGUAUUACACCACAGACAACUGCUCAGAAACCCUGCACGGAGAAGCACUGAAUGUUACUGCUGAAGUUACUACUUUCUCAUUGACUAAUGUGGACCCAGCGAAAACCUACUGUAUGCAGGUGGAGGGUUUUACAGAUGCUGGAUCAAGUGGCAGAACGCGUGUUAGAAUGGGGAAUGUAACAGUUACAGGCACAGUGCCGUAUCUAUUAACCAUAAAGGACAGACUGGUCACUAUUUUUGACAUGGACACUGGGCAAACUGUUCGGAAAAUGCUAGUCUCUGCUGUUAUUCAUGUGGGUUACAUACUACAGACUCAGAAAAUGUAUUAUUUGACAGAAAACCUGAUCUUGAGUACAGCUUUGAAUGGUAAAGACAGAACUCAGCUGAUCGAGAGUGUCCUGUGCAGUGCUCCUAAAGGAAUGGCGGUUGACUGGAUUGGACAAAAAAUUUACGUGCUGUUGGAUAAACAAGAAAAUGCAAACAGUUCAAUUUAUGUUCUGGAUCUGGAAUUACAAGGAACAAAGCUAGAGAAAUUACUGUCCAGCAGCCAAAAUAUUUACUCAAUUGGAGUAUAUCCAAAGAAAAGCCUCCUGUUUUGGACUCAGGCAGUGUCUGGAGAUAUAAUUUUAGUGUCUUACAGUUUAAAUGAGCAAUUGCCUAGAACUCUUAUUGGCCUUCAUUCGGAAGUUGAUCAUUCUGUUCCUGAAGCAAUAGAUUGCAACUGCACGACAGCCAAGCUUCAUUUGGAUGGAAACUUUGCUGUUGAUACUACAGAUUCUGAGCCUGAGAAACUCUUUUUCACAACUCCAGAUCAUGAAGUCUGGGCCUCGGAUUUAAAUGGCUGCAUAUGUUGGAAAAAAAUUAAUUUCACAGGAGCGACAGAUUUUGGUACAACAUCACUGACAGUGAAUUCAAAUGCAGUUUAUUGGAUAACUCAGGAUGGUGAUCAAUCUACAGUUUAUAUGGCUGAUAAAUUCUCAGGGAAAGUUAUAUCUGAAUAUCAAGAUUCCUCGCUAGUUGCAGUGAUGACAUUCAGUGAAGAGUCACAACCAUAUCCAGAUCCAAAAUGCCUAAUACCAAAAGUCUACACAAGCAUGCCGGAAGUAGUAAAUAUAUCAGAUACGAGUCUGAUUAUUAACAUUCCACCUGUCGAGUUCCCUUCUACAUGCUCUGAAAUUAGCAAACCCACUCCCAUUUACAUUUUACAUUAUGCAGAAUACCUGGAUAAUUAUAUUGAUUCCAACUGUACCCAUGGAAUUCAGUGCAAUAAGAAGGAAGUGCAGACAAACAUCAUAGAGCUGAAAAGGCUGCAGUCUUACACCAGAUACCUCAUCCAGGUUUCAGUGAGAAAUUUUUAUGGAGAUAUGUCAAAAGAGCUGGGUCCACCAGCAAUAAACCGGACAUGGUUUGGAGUGCCAUCAGCACCACAACAAGUAGAAGUGAUUGUAUUAUCAGACCACAGAGCAAAGGUUUCAUGGGCUGCACCUUUAGAACCAAAGGGACCUGUGGAACAGCUUCGCUAUCAAGUUCAAUAUAAUGGAAAUAAUUAUUGGCCUGCUGUGCCAAUAAGAUUAGACCAACUAGCAGAUGGACGAAGACAGAUUGAACUAGCAAACCUUCAAAGUGGAACUGAGUACCAGCUCCAGGUAUUGAGUUAUCCCCCCGUUGGUGGAAGUUUUAGCUCAAGUGAAAUUGUCUUGGGAAAAACAUUUCUGACUCCUCGGUCUCCUCACCUUCUUUCAGUGGGAAAUACCACAGCGACAAUUCUCUGGCAGUUUAUACCCAAUCACACAAUGGAGAAAUACUGGUUUGAAAUUUCCCAGGACACCAGCAGAGAAAUUUGGAAACGAAUGCAAGUGAACUGCACCAGUAAUGUGGAUUACAGUUGCAUUGUACUGGGUCUACAUCCAUCGAGAAUAUAUGCAGUGAGAGCAGUUGUUACUUACAAAUCAAACAUUUCAUGUGCAUCUGCCAUGAAAGUAUUUGAGACUAAAGCUGGUGUUCCAGGUAAACCAGGUACACCGUAUACCGUUCAUGAUGAUAUUAACUGGAUUAAAGCAGACGACAAUGGGGAUAAUAUAACGUACUACAUUCUGCAGGUGCAGAAUUUCAAAAAUGAAACAAGGCUGCAGAACUUCAACAACUCGGAUGAAUGGAUCACUGUCUAUCAGGGUUCCUGCAGUAGUAUGAUCUGUACUUGGCGUAAUCAGCAUUUGAGUGGGUUUUAUCAUGUGAGAGUUGUAGCAGUUAAUGGCAUCGGCAUGGGUGAAUUCAGUGAGACAAGUGGCGAGAUCAUCAUGAAACUCAAUGAGCCUCGUGAAAAUAUGGUACUGCUAGUACUUGGACCUGUCUGUGUUACAGUAAUAAUGGCUGUUUUCUGUAUUUCAAUAGCAGCUUAUGCCCAAAAUGCAAAUCGUAAUAAACAAAAGGGAGACACAACCACUCUUCAUGUGAACUAUAAUGCGGAUUUGGAACUUGCUUGGAUCAGAGAUAUGAGUGCAUCUGUGAUUCAGAGAAACAUCUGGUAUACUUCGAGCUCCCUCCCUGCACAUGUGGAGUUUGAAUCACUUCCACUGUUUCCGAGUCACAAAGUUACUUUGCUAAAUUUUCUCGGUAGUGGUGCAUUUGGAGAAGUGUUUGAAGGAAAAGCUGAAGACAUUUUGGGGCCUGGUAGUGGCAAUGUCAAUGUAGCUGUAAAGGCUCUGAGAAAAGGGGCAACUCCUCAUGAAAAAUCUGAAUUCCUGAAAGAGGCCUAUUUAAUGAGUCAUUUUGAUCAUUCCCAUAUUGUUAAACUGCUGGGUGUAUGCCUACUGAAUGAGCCACAGUUCUUGCUGCUGGAGCUGAUGAAGGGAAGAGACUUGCUCAGUUAUCUCCGAGGAGCUAGAGGGUCUCAGCCUUUGCUCUGUGUAGGUGACCUUAUAGAUAUAUGUCUAGAUGUUGCAAAAGGCUGUACUUACCUUGAGAAAAUGCAUUUUGUUCACAGGGAUCUGGCUGCUAGAAACUGUUUAGUUUCCAUACAGGAAUACAACUCCACAAAUCGCAAGGUGAAAAUAGGAGACUUUGGUCUUGCAAGAGAUAUCUAUAAGAAUGAUUACUACAGAAAGGAAGGAGAAGGGCUACUUCCUGUCAGAUGGAUGGCACCUGAGAGCUUAAUUGAUGGCAUGUUCACAAAUCAGUCUGAUGUUUGGUCUUUUGGUAUCUUAAUGUGGGAAGUAAUGACAUUAGGGCAGCAGCCCUACCCAGCUCGUACUAACCUGGAGGUGUUGCACUUCGUUCGAACAGGAGGGAGACUGGAGAAAGCAAGAAAUUGUCCAGAAAAUGUUCACCAGCUGAUGCGCAAGUGUUGGACACGUGAACCCCACAAGAGGCCAUCAUUCCAAUAUAUUGAAAGCUGCCUGGAAUACCUGAAAAGCAGCCCCCAAGACAGUCAGAAUGCUCUUGUGCUCUACAAUGAUGACUACAGGAAUAGUGACAUCUCCCAGGGUAUUGUCAAUCAAGCAUUUGAAGGAGAGGAGUAUGAAAAGCAGAGAAGUGAUGAUGGUGCUACUGGUAUAACACUGGCAUCGAUGGCAAAUGAAGAAGAAGAUGGACUUCAUUACGUAAUGUACCAUCACUCUCCUGAUCCUUGCUCAGAGCCUGAUGUCUUGGAAAUGAGACUGAGUAUGCUGCAAGAUGGAGCAAUCAACUAUUCUUGUGUUACAAGUACAGAAGAAGAGAAAUUUGCUAUAAGCAAAGCAUGCUUAGAUGAUCGGGGGGAUUAUAAUGUACAGCACAGUUUUCUUCAAAACAAAGGAUCUGCUGUGUGUGCUACACCAAAUACAGAAAGUGAUGAUGACCAACGAUACAGUUUGCAUAGGACUUCAAAAUGUUCCCCAGUCCUGUCACAACAUCAAGAGAGUAAAUCCAUUUCCAUCACACCUCUACCUACAUCCUUUCAAGAUAGCAACAACCAACUUGGUAUGGAUGGUUUGACUGUUCCAUUCCUGACCUAUACCAGAAUGGAAUGGGAACACCCUCCCUCCACACCAACAAAAGAAAAGUGUAACAGUGACAUUGAUCAUGGAGGGAGGUGUCUCAUCUCUGAAGACAGUAACACAUUUAGAUGCGGUGAAAGCCCAGAUAGUCGGUUUGAGUCAAUGGGAGUGGGUGGGCAAAAUACUAAUUACUUCGUAAAUAGUGAAAAGACAGAAGGUAGAAUUAUCCAAAAUAAUAUAAUUACAGCUGCUACUGACUUAGAGGAGCUAGUCUCCAACUGAUCAAAUUAGAAACUGUUCCAUCUGAAUAUUUAACACAUAUUUUGACUACAGAAAGACCUGCUGAGUUUCCAUUUGUGCACCUUUUCUUUUGGAAGAUAUGUUGAUAUCUACCAAGAGCUGUUAGGGCAAGUCUUAAAUGUAGAAUAUUUUUAAAAGUUAUUUACAUUAGUGUUUGAGUGCAGAACUGCUGCUGCAGUCUUCAUAGGGAAGACUGCAGGUUAUGGUUUCUAAUGGGCAAUGGUUCUUUCUAGAAUUUAAAAAAAGCCAAAGAAUGCAGCUGCUGGAAUUCAGAAACAAAAAUAGAAAUUGUUGGAAAAAUUCAGGAGGAAUGAAAGCAAAGUUACCAUUUUGGGACCAGUGAUUCUUCUCCUGACCCACAAAGAACUUCUGAACAUUCUGAAGAAGGACCUGAAACAUUAACUCUGCUUUCUCUCCACAGAUGCUGCCAGACCUGCUGAAUUUUCCCAACAAUUUCUGUUUUUGUUUGUUUUUGUUUUCUAAAUUAGGUCAAAUUCCUUGUUCACAGUAUGCACAUAAAUCAAGUUCUAAUCACAACACAUCUUAAAUUGGUAAAGUUAGUGAUUAUAGAUGGGGUUGGUUGAAUAUGGGUUUAUUGCAAGGCUUCUAAUAUCACAGCCAAUGGGUCUUGGUAGAACAGAAAUAAUCUUACAGAAUAGUAGGAUAGGCUUGAGGAGCCAAAUUUCCUACUCCUCCAAUUUCUUAUAUUAUCAUGUUCUAUUUCACUCUUGCUUUCUGUGUUUAAGAGGGGGAGGGCAUGCUCAUUUCUACCCAUGCAACUUUUUCUACAUUUUGGAUAGUAACUUUCACAUUUUAGUGGGUUUGUAACAGUUGAAUAGAAAAGCCAUUUGACUUUUAUGCAGUGCUAUUUUGGUAAGGAAUAUUCUGAAUUUUGUAAUCUAUAAAGGUAUAAUUUAUGAAGAAGUCAUUUACAAUAUGGUUUCCUGUAUGCAAGUUAAUUAUCCCCAUCCUUGUGGUGUAGAUAUAACAUCCAACAUUGAUGUGCAGUGUUUGGCUAAAUUGUCUAGCAUCACUUGCCACCAUGAAAUUAAGAUUUGUAGGGUAGCCCAAGCAAUCAGCAUAUGAGCCACAUACCACCUGGUCCAAAAUAGAAUGGGAGCAAUUUAUAGCAACCAGCUGCCCUAAUUAUGGUAGAAUACAGGGCACAUUAAAAUAUCCUGUUAAAUAAACUUGCCCAUCCCUGCAUCAUCAUGUAAUCUUUAGAUUUGAAAUGAACUAGUAGUCCUACAUAUCAGAGCCAAAAGCCUUGUUAAAAUACUUAGAUGAAAUAUACCCAGUUGUGCAGCAAAGGCUAGCACAGGUGUCAAAAUUGUGCCAGCUAUUACCGGAAAAUCAUUGGCUAUUCAGAAAACAGUUUCAAAAAUUAUCUUUAAACAGCUAUAUUAUGUGGGAUCCAGAUGAAGGCUGCUCUGGGCAUCUCAAAAACCUCAAGCCCUCUCCUAGCCAGUAUCCAGUCACGUGGGAUCUCACUCCUGACUCAGUCCCAUGUGGUCUCUACCCCUUCCCUUGAAUGGCAAGCUGUUGGAGUGUGCACAAGCUAGAUGAAGAUUUAUCAUGAAAAUGGUUCAGCACUUUCACAGCAUACAACCCAUCCAUGCCACUGCUUGCCGUCCUACCCUUCACUGUAAAUAACUUUUUUCUAGCAUUUUACAUCUACGGUGUGAUUGUGCUGACAGGAAAGUAUAAAUUAAGGACCUUGGAUCAAAAGGUACACUGCGAGAGGUGUGGAGGGGCAGUUGCAGUCUGUGGGGGAAGUGGACCUAAUGUGGUAUGCAAAGCCUAUACACCCUUCUCUUGUGGAUAUUUUAAAUCAAAGUGUCCAGAUGUAUUUUGACACAGCUCUGGAGCAAGUGAGCUGUCAACCUGCAACCUUCUGGCUGAGAGAUUGAACACUACCACUGCACCAUGAAAACACCUUUCCUAUAUUUGUGUGCUUUGGGUUUGAUUGUUGCAGUAACAAGCGUUGCAUUCUGAUCUGCAAAUGGAUUCCGAUCAGAGAGGGAGCAUUCAUUUGGGCUCUUUAGGCUUGAAGAACUUUUUUUUAACUUUGGUAAGAAUGUGAAAGAAUUUUGUAAUUUUUCUGAAAGUGGGAGUUGCUUACAAAUUACAGAACUUGUGCAAAAACAGUAACAUUUUAUAAUAGAAUUAAACACCACCUUGGUGCUUCCAUUCCACUAUGUGUUGAGAUUAUAAAUUUAAAAUAAGUUUGUCUUGGUUGUGUGGAGUGGUGGGCUGUUUGUUUGAGUUAGCUAAAUAAAUUUCAAGUGUGCAGCAGGACAAAAGUUGCUGAAUAAGUUGAUCAGGUCCUACUGUUCAUUAUACUGAAAGGCUGCAAUGCACUUUUAUUUCAGCUCCCUGAUCAGAACGUGUCUCCAUUGGCUUCUGCUUGGGAGCAAACACUUGCAUGCAAAAAUAAAGAAAAAAGUUGUUUUAACAGCUCCAAUUGACUCCAUUGCUUGGCUGUAUGUAGAUGAGAGUGAGAGAGAUGGCUUUGCACUUUGUCUGUUGAAGACAACUAAAGUUACAAUACAGAAUGCACAGUUGGAAGAUCAAAUUUCACAGAGGAAGUAUGGGCAUCUUUUCUUGUUCUAUCCCAAAUACAUUUUUCGAUCACACUCCAGGGAAAUGUGAAGAUACAUUUAAUCAACAUUUUAGGUUUUUAAAUUGGUGGAGCAGAAAAAUGUCUCCAGUCUUUGUUCUCCUGUUUUUUAAAUAUAAACCAGCUGAGGCUGAGAUCUCUGCAUUUAUUUCCAGGAAUGAAAAUAUCCAGUGGCUCACUGCAAUUCUACCCAAAAUUGUUGGGGACACAAGUUCCUUAAUUGUCAAUGCACUAUACAGAAACUAGCAGUUUCAUUAUAACUGCAGCCUCAGUUUUUUUUUAGCCUCUUGAAUUUUUAGACAUUCAUAUUGUAAAUCUAAAAUUAAGUAAGAAAUUUGUUCUAAAUUUCAACCUUGUUUUUACGUAGCAGGUCUUUUAUUUGGUGCCUGCCAUUAGAUGUUUUCCUAAGAAGCAAAACUUACAAUAAUUCAAAAUACACUUCCAAAACCCAAAGACAAGAUUUCUAAUGGCCAGAAGUCAAUUGGAUUCAGUUUGACUAUUUGAUGGCUUUGAAAUUACCAGACUUUUUAUUUGGUCGUUGCAUAUGGCCGUUGCUGCCAAGGACAGAUAUUGGAUAUGCUUACUUGUCUUUGGGAAGGUGGUGAUGAGUUGCCUCAUUGAACAUCCACAUCCAUUUGGUAUAGGAAAUCUGCUAAAGCGGAAGUUUUAGGAAUUUCAUACAGUGAUGGUGAAGGAACACAGACAUAGCUUCAAGUCAGGAUGGUGAGUGGCUUGGAAGGGAUCUUGCAGGUGGUGGUGUUCCUAUGUAUAUGCUCUCCUUGUCCUUUUAGAUGAUAGUUCCUUGGCUCUUUGCCUCCUUACAACCAUUACCCUUCCCACUUAUUGUUAUCUAACUCCUGUAAACUUGAGAUGAAGUGCACUGAUGCCAUUUGCUACAUUUAUUUUUGAAAAUGACACAUUUGAAAAAUGAAAAUUUACUUUCUUGGUUGAUUAUAAUCAACUUCCUUUCAUUUAAUUGAAAUUUCAAUCUAAUGAAAUAGUAAGCUUCCGUAUCUCAGAAAAAUAUAAUAAAUGUUCAAGCAAGACAUUUACUAUACCAUUUGUUAAUUCAUAUCUGGGAAACAAUUUGACAAGCUGUA